AUGAUAGGGUCUUGCCAGCUGGGAUCCUCAUCAAUCUGCAUCAAGUUUGGCUACUCUGCUUCUUCAAUGCUUGGCAGAUUAAGGUGCUCAACCAGAGUUGAAUGUCUGAACUGGGUGUCCAUCGCUGAUCUCAAGCUUGCCAGAGCAUCUGCACGUGUGUUCUCUGCUCGAGGAACUUGUUGGAUGGUAAAGGUAGGGAAUGCCUUCAAAAGCUCUUGGACUUUGUCUAGAAAUUGGAUCAUCCUUCAGUACUUCGCCAUGAACUCCCCUGAUGCUUGA